AUGGCAGAACCGCGUAAGUCGUCACGCCUGCGGACCAAGAACAGCCAGGCUGCGGCUGCGGAUAAGGAGAACGUAUCUACGGCUACAGGGCCGCCUCAUAAGCGUGCGCGCAAGAAAGCAGCCGAUGACGGUCAGAAAGCUGGUAAAGGCAAGCGCAAGAGCACUGGAAAGCUGAGAGUACUUCUUGAAAUGCCGUUGGAUGUGUUGUAUGAGAUAUUUGGGAGCUUGCAUCCCCUCGACCUCCUCCGUCUGUCAUGGACAUCGAGGGAGUUCCGGCGUGUCCUAAUGAACCGCUCUGCGAGGACAGUAUGGAUACGAUCCCUCAAGAGCGUGGAAGGUAUGCCCGAAUGUCCGGAAGACGUUACGGAGCCGCAAUGGGCGCGCCUUGCAUUCUAUCCUUCCUGUCAUUACUGCGGCGCUAUGAACUGCCAAACCGUAGUCUGGUCCUGCCGUGUGCGGUGUUGCAAUAAAUGCAUGAAGGAAUACUUUGUCGACUCCAAGCACCCGAUUUUCAAACCGCUAAUCCAGGUAUGGAGAGACCACCUCCACACAUGGAUACCGAGCCAUUACAUUUUCAGCAAAGAGAAGCACGUGUACCUGAAGAGCGAAGCGGAGGCCUUCGUGCGAAGGGUACAUCCCAGACCCUCCUGGGGCGCACUAAAAGCGAUUCUGAAAGAGAGGGAAGAGAUAGUGAUACCUCUGUACGAGCACGCAGAAGAAUGCGAUGAAUGGUUCGAAGAAGAAAAGGAGAAGCGAGCUCUUGAGUUGGAUGAAGUACGCAGCGCCCGUCGUCAAGCGGUUGUCGCGAAAUUAUACGAAGCAGGCUACGGAGAGGAGCUGACUGCUCUCAUGAACUACGAUAUAGAUUCGUUCAUGGACCACCCACUGGUCUCCCAGCCUAAAGAGCUCACCGAACGAAUUUGGAACAACAUCCAGGGACCGCUGAUAAAAUGGAUGGAAGAGAAGAAGCUCCAGCGACUAGAGCACGAUCGCAUUGAGGCAAUGUUGAUGCGGGACGCCAUGGCGGCCGACCUUUACGAGGAAUGGCUGAGGACGCAGUCGCCAGUGGAGGCGUAUCCUUCCAUUGCGGACGUCCUUCUCAUGAAGGAGUUCAACGACAUCAUUCUGCAGCCCGCCGAUAUUGACGUCACAGCCGCAGACUUCGCUCCUGCUAUGGGCGCUCUGCCUCGCCUGGUCGAAGAAUGGAGAGAGAAAACGGGACUGAAGCUUUGCGAGCUGAUGUCCCGCGAAGAAGGGCAGGACGAAGAAGCCCUGAAUGUCCCUCGUCGUUUGGAAUUGGCUACUACCAUAUUUCGAUGCACGUCAUGCCGGGAUUUCAUAAACUAUCCACGGGCCCUCUCCCACAAGUGCUUGACGCGCCCUCGAUAUGCGAAUCCCAAGAGAGGCUAUUGCGCGAAGGAGGCUGGUGAAAAGCAGAGCGACCUUAUGCUUCGAUGGGGGACUCUGGAACAUGAGCCGUGGAACUAUGACGGCAACGGCCUGCUCUUCGCCGAUAAGGCUUCUGACCUGGUGAAACAGUUGGUUGAGUCCUGUGGACUUGACCCGGACACAACGACAAGGGAGGAGAUGAACGAGAGGAACGAUAGAUUUGCGUGCAUGACUUGUGUGACGGGAGGGAGUCGCCCGCAUACCGUCAUGUCCUGGAAUACCGCGGUUGAACAUAGAUUAAGAGACCACGCCGAACUGGAGGACUUCAAGGGCUUCGUUCAUCUUACUCCUCAAGAUGCCAGGCAUGCUAGAGAGCUAGAACGACCACGAGGUUUCGUACCUUUCGAAUGGAUGGACAACAGACCUGGGAUACACCCCAUGUACUGGCACUGCACCUUUUGUCGAGAGAACAUUCUCGAGACUCGACAGGCGGGGCUUGUCGCCCAUAUGCAAGGCCAUGGAGUCGGUGCAGAUGCCGAUAUGAGGCAGUACCUCUACAACCACCCGGAUGCGCCUGCAUAUUGGUGUCCUGUCCCAAUUAAAAUGAAGGUGAAAGAGACGCCAGUGCCAACAUUAUGAACAUAGACGAGAUCGGGCAAGACCCUCGCUGGUGCACGUUGCAUAUGUGUAUUAGUCCACUGUUUCAGAAGUGUAAUAAUGAUACUGCCAUAUUGCAAAAGGAGAGUAUGCUUUUGUCAUACGCCUCAUAUGUUACUGAAGGGUGCCAGUGGC